AUGGAAUAUCCACCGUCACCAGAAAAAGGAUUAUGCAUGGUAAUGCCAGCGUCAUCAUACCAGCUAGAAUCUGCAUCGAACCGAGAAUACGAAACCAUGGUCUACAUUCCUGAUUUACCUUUAGACAUCGAGAAUAAUAAUGAACUAGAAUAUAGACUUCGACAUCGUUUGUCAAUAGUCCUUAAAAUCGAGCCAAUCGAUGUGAAAUGUUAUUCGAACUUUGGCAUCGGUUAUUGUCGUGUCAGAAACAAUGAAGAAAAAGAACAUUUAGUCAAAGUAGUUGGCAAAAUAGCAUGGGAUGUAGGAGAAGAAUCAGUUAUGAUUUCAUUUAGCGAUACAAUCGAAUUAGUUUCAUAUAUUGUCUUCAAAAGAACGAAGGAAAAUAAGGACAUUGAUUCUCUUACAGUGAACGAAAUCGUCCGUCGAUGGAUUGAAAACUACAAUGCAGAAAUGCCGCUCUUUUGUGGUCAAUUGAAUAGUCAAUAUCCCAAUAUCUAUCUUUUCAAAACUAAGUCACUCGAUGAAUUAUUAUGUGUCGCAUCGAAACCUGAAUUGGUAGUAGUGGAUCAAUUAGCUCAAGUUUAUCCGUGUGCGUAUUGUAGCUAUUUGGAAGAUCUUCCAGCAUUGACAACUGAGAAUCAGUUACGAGACUUGAUAUGCAAUGCUAUCGCAUCAACCACAAUCUCAUUUUCUUCUCUUUCUAUUCAGCUGAACAAAAAGAUGAACCAUGCAUGUAUUAUUGUGACGAAUAAGGCACGUAAAUGGGCUAAAAAGGAUUCGAUCUAUAUUGAUUAUCAAUUUAUACGAAAGAGAAAAACUCUAAGUUAUCGUCUACUACUUCGUCCGGUUCAUGAAAAAGAUGAUGCUGACGCCAUUGUUCGUCACCAGAUAUUUGCUGGAAAAGCGAAAAUCCUCUAUCAUCUGGGACAAAAUUUGAUUCUCAACAUCUAUGACAAGAAGAUUUACGAUGAUUGUUUGAAUUACACAACACUCAAGAUUGGCAAAGAAAUCAAUGUCAGCAUGGUGAAUUAUACUGGUAGGCCUAACCCAAAUGCGACUGAUAUUGAUGAUCACACAUGGUAUGACAAAGAUAUGCUUCAAUGUGAAUCGAACAUCAUGCCAUUCAUUACACAGCCUGAUCACAAGAUCUUUCGUUUGAAAUGGGAUGCACCGAUUUGGCUUGAACAAUUCAAACGUAUUGAUACAUUGGAGAGACAAGGCUCAAGAACUGACAAUGAUGAAGAAAAGCCAGUUCAUACUUGGGCUAAUGAAAUGCGUCACCGACUUCGGGUGACUGUUAUGCUCAAUACUCUUGCUGCUAUACGAAAUAGGAGCUAUACUAUCGAUGACAAUGAAAUUCAGUUAAAUUUGAAUGGUAAACAAAAGACCGUCGUCUACAAUCAUAAAUCAAAGUUAAAACUUCGCGGACCCAUGCCUAUCAAGAGAGCACCAUACGAAAAAACUGAAGUCAAGGUCUUAAACGAAGACUGUCUUGUUGUUUACGAAAAUUUAAUUGCUCAAGGGAGAAAACCUCUUCUUUUGAACAUGGGCAAUGCCACAAGUCCUGGUGGUGGUUAUCGGAAAGGUGAUGGAGCACAAGAAGAAAAUUUCUUUCGACGAUCGGACUAUUUUCGUAGUCUUGAUGUUGGUCUUGACAAAUUUGUCCAGCCAUCGUUACGAUUUUAUUGUACAUCAACAGGUCGUUCUGAAUCUUUAACGGAUUCCUCUACCAUGUAUUCGAUGGAUGAAUAUGGUGCAAUCUAUACAUCAGGCUUAACUGUAUUUCGUCAACCAGAAACGGAGGGUUAUGAAUUUAUGCAUCAACCACUUACGAAUGUUUGUUCAUUGGCUAUGGCUGCUUAUCGACAUCCACCAUUGGAUGGGGACAUGUUGUCAGCGAAAUAUGCCGUUGGAAUGAGAAAAAAAAUUGAAAAUAUUUUUGCUAUAGCUCAUCACCAUGAACAUGAUACCCUUGUUCUAUCGGCACUCGGUUGUGGUGCAUUCAGAAAUCCUCCUAAUCAUGUGGCAAAAAUUUUCCGUUCAGUUAUUGAACAAUAUGCAGGAUUUUUUCGAUUGAUUGCCUUUGCCAUUAUUGAUGAUCAUAAUACAGGACAAAACUUCAAUCCGAAGGGUAAUUUUCUACCGUUUCAACGUGAAUUUCAACAAUCAAUUUUCGAGCCGAUUCAACCGAUUCAUCAAGCCAAUACAAUAUGUGGUCCUUAUCGCUUUUUAACCGAUGGUUCGACUGUGGAAAAUGUUUCCAUUUUUGAUUUGACACCGUGCAAAUAUGGAGCCAAAUGUCGCGAUUUAUAUGAAUCAGCUCAUGUACGUCAAUAUUCGCAUCCACCUCUAUGUACAGAAGCAUGUGUGACAGGCAAAUGUACGAAGAUGGAUGACAUGGUUCAUGUGUAUUCAUUUAUUCAUCGAAAUCCGUGCCCACAUGGUGGUUUAUGUCGAGAUAUUGAUGAUAGAGUGCAUGCACGAGAAUUUGAACAUCCUUCUUACUGUCCCCAUGGCAGUAAUUGUCAAGAUACGAGCGACAACCAUGAAAAAGAGUAUCGACAUUUACCAUUAUGUAAAAAUGCGCAUCAAUGUGCGGAUUACCACCGAAGCAUUCGACAGCAUUGCGAUGCAUAUCGUCACUGUAAACCAUCUUGUCAAUAUGGACGCAAUUGCCCUUAUUUUCACAAUACAGUACAUAUGGAGGAUUCCCAACAUCCAUUUCCUACGCCGUGUCCAUGGACUCCCUAUCAUUGUGUCUUAUAUGAUGAGUUUCAAAAUGCUGCUCAUACAGAAAAGCUUCCACAUCAUAUCCAGCAACAUUGUUCAAGUUUUGCUCAUGUAUGUGGAUAUGGACGUAAUUGUCUCAAACAGAAUUCAUCGCACUGCGAAACAACAAUUCAUGUUCCACGGUGUGUUUGUUCGAACGGUAAAAAAUGCCUGGAACUUAAUCAAGAAGAUCAUUUGAACUCAUUCACACAUUCAAACGUUCAAGAUAUUCGAUAUUUGUGUAAAAAUGGUUCGAGAUGUGGAGAGCAUGACAAUAUUGAACAUAAAUCUAAAUACCGUCAUGCAUUGAUUAGAGAAAGUAUGAAUGUUAUACCCUAUUGCGAUUUAAAUAAUAAGAUCAACUUUUUAAUGAAUGAACGAAAUAAUGUUGAACGUAUUAUACAUUUUAUCAACGAUAAUCGGUGGACGCCAUCUACACCAGAUUCAGUGUUGCAAGAGAUUAUCGACUGGAUACGAACUGUUCGGCCUGUUUAUCGCUGUGGAUUAGAAGUAUUCGAAUCGAUUCUUCUUCAUGAGCACGUCAUGAGCCGUGGAUAUAUGGAAAAUUUCACACAGCCGGAAUUUCUUGCCUAUUGUACACUGCAACAUAGUCAAAUCACGUCUAUCGGCAGUCUAGCAACUGAUAUGCAUAGACAACAUGUCCAAAAUUAUAUCAUUGCAUUAAUUAGUGAUCUAUAUCGAAAAUAUCAAUUCUCAAAGUCCGACUUCACUUAUCCUAAAGAUAAGCAAAAUGCCAUUCAGCGAGAGGAUAAUAUUCUGUUACAGGGUAUUUCUCAAGACGAUGUAAAGCUAAUUCGUGAAUUAACUAUUCAAAUAGUUCAAGCAGCGAUAAAGCUUCAUAUGAAUUUCGUUAGCACAAAUUAUCCGCUAGAUGUGAAAUCGGAAAUCGAUAAACAUGUUUUAAGUGUUCUUGGAUCACAUCUGGAUUACGAUUGCCGUGACAUAGUGAUUGUGUUCAAAAGAGAAGUUCUUCAUCAUCUAGAUGCGAAUUUUUCUAUUCAAUCAUUCGCAUCUUAUCGAUCAGGAAAAUGCUACCAGUGUCAACCAUGGUUAGGAGUCGAGUCGAAUUAUGGGGAUGACCGAAUUAAACUGUUUCAUGAAACAAAAUUACAUGCCUCAAUUCCAGGCUAUGAACAAGCAGCUGCUAUUGAAUUGAUAGCUCUCACAAGUUAUAAUUCGAAUCAGCGAACGAUGAACAUUGAUCUUAACAUAAUAUUCAACCGUUGGCUCAAUAUUCAUUCGCAAAACUCAAUAGAAGCUCGUUUACCACAACGGAUUCCAUUGGAUUAUAUUGACGAAAUUCACAUGACACAGAGUAUUUAUGAUUCGUUCGAUGUUGACAUGCAUGAUAGAAUUAAAACUAUUUUCGGUGCACGUUUAAGGAUUUCACCGACGAAAUCGAACGACGCGUAUGCUAGUUGUAUUGCUAGUGCAUUGAUUGAACGAUGGGACAAGCAUGAUUUCCAAUCUGUUGUUCAAGGUCUUGUUAUCACAAUACCACCUACCAAUUUUCUCGAUAAUCUCGUUAUACCUCUUAGAAUAUCAGAAACGUACCAAUACUAUCGCAUGCAUCGUUCGAGAGCUUCGAAAGAUAUGACGAUAUAUAUAUACUGGCAAGUGAUAAACGGUGAUAUGAUGCUAACACUAUCGAAGGAACAAGCCGAUCCAAAUGACUUUACCUCGAAAACGCGCAGUUUAAUCUGCUAUAUUGCAGAGAAACCAAGUACAACUACGAACCAAUACCAUGAGUAUCCAUCUUAUUUGAACUUAGGUCAACCAUUUCAACAUCAAGCAUUCAUGGAUGAAAAUCGAUAUGCAGCUCAAUCGACAUCAUUCUAUCUCGGAUGUAAUUUGAAUGGCUUUAUGAUGUUUUGCUUUGAAAUACAGCCUUCUAAUGGCGUGGUUAAACUUUCACAUGCCGGUCCGAAUUCCAUUUAUAAUCGCGAAAUAAUAUCCUGUACCUUUCAUAGAUCAACAUUUGAUCUAUCGGAAUUAGAAUUUCUGCAUGUUAGUGCCGGAAAUCGUGCAGUAUCGGUUCGAAAUCUGUUUGUCACAUUCGAAAAACAAGAGCAUUUACAUCCAAAAAUCGAUCUCAAACUCGAUAAAAUUUCUUCGUUUGAAAGUGCAACAUCCAACGAUGUUCAAGCUGAUAAAAGCCACGACAAACCUUGUGCAUCAUCUUUCACAGUAGCUAAUGAUCAAGCAAGACGACUUGCUGGCAUCAUGGAUCAAAUGAAAAAUAUGGCUGUUCAAAUAAAGGAUAACGCAAUAGACGCUUUUGCCGGCAAGAAAGAUUCACCAAUAACACCAUGUCCAUGCGGUAUCAAUUGUUUGAUUCAGUUUUCAGACAAGGGCUUGCAUCAUAAUUCUAAAUAUUCGCAUCCAUGUCGCUUUGCUGACCUCUGUCAAAAUCUUGAACCUCAUUUAAUACAUGAACUUCAUCCAGUAAGUGCAUGUCCUUUCGAUCAGAACUGCAAGCGUUUAGGUGACGCAUAUCAUCGAGCGGAAUAUCUUCAUUCCGGUUUACCCUAUUUUUUGAUUCCGUGUCGAUAUCAAGGACAAUGUAGAGACAAUACGGAAAAACACCGAAUUAAAUAUUCGCAUGGCGAAAAAGUUCUAGAAGCAAUGAAAAAACCAUCACCACAAGGUAAGUAA